AUGUUCUUCUCUACGCCCUCUGAGAUCCCCACCCGUAAGCCUUCACGCCUACUCAAGGUGCACCCGCGUCCACCUGCCACCGAUUCGGACAUGGGGGAAGCAAGGCGUGGAAAGCCGUCUCUGGUCACGCCGUCAAGAUCCUCUAGGUCUCCACUACCCCGACUCCCCAUGAUCCUCCUCCGAUCAUCACAGAACAACGUGUCUAGUUCUUCGUCUUCCGAAGAAGAUGCUCCGCACCGCUCACAGAGUCGGGCGAGUACUCGUGUCUGCGUGGAGAGAAAGAAAAAAGCCGCGCCCUUUCACUCCAAGUUGAAUGCAGAAGCUCGUCCUCCGGCCUCUCCUACCAAAGAUAAACUCAAGAUCUCUAGCCGUUCUUCUUCGCGAAACAAGCAGUCCCUCCCGGCCCAUCAGCAGCAACCACCCCGAAGCAGCGCUCACUCCCAGCCGGCGCCCUCUAGCUCCACACCCACGCCGCCACCAGACUUCAUGGGUAACAAGCUCGCAAGGUUGAAGAAUAAGGGCUUCGGUAAUUCCGAUCAACCCGAAGGUUCAGAGAAACUUUAUUCGUCAAAAGCACGCACCUUCACUCGUUUUCCCGGUCGUCCCAAGCCGCCGUUGUCGCCGCCCCCGCCUCACCUGUCCCCAUCCACCGCUACAAAAUUACACAGCCACCCCAGCAAACCCCUAGCCGCUAUUCCGCCCUUUCUCUCUGUUGUAUCGCCCUCCCCAGCCCCUAGUACUGUCACUGUGGUCGCGUCGUCACCAUCAUCUGAAUCAACUGCGCAAGAAAAUUCUCGGCCCGCCCCAGCCGAGCGGCGCGAGCCACGACUAAGGUCAGAAGCCUCUUCCCCAGCACCCCAACGUGGAGAGAACGGCGCUGUUCGGCUUCCGUUUCGCUCCCAAUCUCCUCUCACUACCACAGCCAACACUUCGGCCGGCGACGAAAUUGUGUGCGCGGGACCGCCACUAGAUAUCGUACAAUUAGAGUGCUACCACAACCACCGCUCGAUGCGUAAUUCUCCUAACAAACGGUAUCCCGUUGCCUGCAUGGUUUGCCAAAAGAUGGAUACUGAACCGCGCUGGCGCUGUACCUGGUGCUGCUUAAGCACCUGUCGCGUUUGCCUCGGCGAGCUCCACGCUACACCACAUCACAACUUGCGCACCUGCCUUGCCCAACAGGCGUCACGAAAAGCGAUAUGA